UUUUUAAGAGGUUAAGGCCUUUAAGAGAAUGUCGAUGUUCGACAAUAUGCACUCUAACCAAUCUUAAAUAUAGACCACACAUUUCUAUAAUGCUAAUGAUUUAAUGUUGUUGUCAUUUGUCAUAUCACUGAUACUCAACUAAGCCUAGAUAUGCUCUGUGUUUAUUUAAGAGUGAAUGUUCCAUUCCCUUGUGAUUGCAUCAAUGAUGAGUUUCUUGGUCACACGUUUCUGUACGAGCUUCAGCCAAGAGAUACAUAUGCUUCCAUUGCUGAGUUGACUUUUAGCAAUUUGACAAAUAAAGGGUGGAUGGAGAAGGUCAAUAAGCUCUAUUCCUGAUUCUGUGAUGGUUAAUGUUACUGUUAACUGUUCCUGUGGAGAAAGACUGGUUUCCAAGGAUUAUGGUUUGUUCGUAACAUAUCCUCUUAGUUCUGAGGACACUUAGUUUGGAGUCCAUUGCAAAGGAUACCAAGAUGGAUGCUGAGUUGCUGCAGAGGUACAACCCAGGUGUGAAUUUCAGCCAAGGAAGUGGUCUGGUUUUUAUUCCAGGGAAAGAUAAAAAUGGAGUUUAUGUUCCCUUGCCCCACGAAAAAGCAGGUUUGGCCUUCAAACAUAUCAGAGAAUCAGCCAUAUUGAUUCCUAUUUGUUUUUGGCAUGUCUCUCUGAGCUUAAAUUUCUAUCUAUAUAAGCAGGUCAUUUAGCUAGGAGUUUAGCUACUGUUAUCGGAGGAAUAUGCAUGGUUCUGUUAUUAGCAAUUUGUAUAUAUACUAGAUACUUUCGAAAAAGAAUGCAGAGGAAUCUAAAUUGCCAAAAAUAUAUCGAUACUUUCGAAAGAAGAAAAAGAGGAAAAAUUAUGCCCCCAAAGUUGAGAAAUAUCGGGUUUCGAUGAAGUGUUGACUGAAAGAGUUUUUGAAUUGUAACAAGGCAGAGGUGUCAUGUUUGUUUCACAGUGAGAAAGUAUAGGAAGUAAAAUGAGUAAGCAGCAACAAGAAGAACAUGUGAAAGGUAAAAUAAGGCAAUAAAAUAAAAAAGGACCCAUUUAGAGAUACUUACACUUUCUUCUCAAUAUUCUUUCUUUUUUACUUGAGGAUUAUGUAUGUACCAAUCCAUUAAACUGUAGUUAUUUAUAUGGGAAACACAGCCGAACAAGUCUUGGCAUGCUCUUGUUUUGUAGUAAGGGACGCUUUUCUUCAACCGUAUGAGGCACUCCAUUAAGAAGAAUUUUUGUGGUUGCAAUUUUAGACUUUUAGUGAUAUGAUAAUUGAUAAAAACAUUAAUUUAUUAGCAUCCAUAGACAUAUUUGGUGUAGGUUUAAGAGGGUAACGACUGAAGAAAAUGAAAACAUGAACUAAAUUAAAUAACAUUUUCUACAAGGGAAGACCAAGACUUUUGAACCAUAUGUAAUACUUAAGUUGCAAUCCUAAUUUGCAGGUUUUUUUUUUUGAAGAAGCCCUAAUUUGCAGGUUUAAUAAUAUGACAAUUGACAACAACAUUAAUUAAUUAGCAUCCGUUGAAAUGUAUGGUGUAUGUACUAUAUUUAAGAUUUAAGA